AUGAGCUCAUCGUCUCGGUCCCACAGGUCGAGGCACGCGACCAGCGUUGCCAGAGUCAUGUACACCAACGCCGUCUACUUUCCAAACAGCCGCAUAUACCAAGGCGACACCCCUGGCAUGCUCAACUACAGCUGCAUCAACCGCGUCUAUUACGCCUAUGCCAGCAUCGCGCCGGAUGGCGGUGUGUUUCUGAGUGACGAGUGGGCUGACGCAACAGCCCCGGUGGAUGGGGUCCAGGGCGGCCUAGGAUCGCUGAUGCACCUCAAGCAGAGGCAUCCUCACCUCCAGGUGCUCCUGUCGAUCGGGGGUCCGGCCGCGUGCGAGAUAUAUCCCGUUGUUGCGGGCGACAGUUUGCUCAGGGACAAUUUCGCCCGGUCUGCCUUGGGCCUCGUGGAGGCUUCCGGCCUGGACGGAAUAGACAUCGCAUGGGAGUAUCCGUCUGAUGCCGAGCAGGGCUAUAAUUUCCUUGCAUUACUGGCGACGGUUCGAUUGCACUUCAGCAGCGAGCGCUACACGCUGACGGCGGCUCUGCCAGCGAGCAAAGCCAUUCUGCAGUUCCUCGACCUGGGGCAGGCGGCCCAGUACCUAGACUUCAUUAACUUGAUUGCAUACGACUUCUUCGGGCCGUGGUCUCCCAAGACUGGCCACCACUCACAGUUGUAUGCGAUGAGCCGAGACGAAACAUCAGCAGCGUCGGGCGUCGCCCAUGCCAUGGCACAAGGCUUCCCGGCGCAGGGGAUACUGCUCGGGAUCGCAACACAUGGCAGGAGCUUUUUGCACGCUUCUGGACCGGGGCAAAAAUUCCGAGGUGGCGGGGGCGAUGACGGGGCGUUUGAGUACAAUCAGCUUCCUCGGAGAGGCUGCAAGGAGACAGUGGACAAGCGUCACGUUGCCGCUCAAUGCGUGGGUGCCGACGGAGGCUUUGUCACGUACGACAACCCCGAAACCGUCAAGACGAAGGUGGGAUUUUGCAAGCAGAAGGGACUGGGAGGCCUAUACUACUGGAACGCCCCGGCCGACGCGAGAGACAGCUCACGCAGCCUGAUUGCGGCGGGCUUUCGAGCACUGCACUCGUCGUGA